UUGACGAAGCGACUGUUUUCUACCAAUCAACUUUCGUUUCCGGAUAGAGGUCUUUUCUGAAUUUUCCCCGUUAGUCUUGGAGAGUAAAUUCUUGCGAACAAAUUCAGAGUUUAAAGAUUAUUAUUUGGAAUCAUGAAGGACAAAUCAGGCGUAGGAAUAGUGCUUGGAGUAGAGAAAACGUCGGACCGAAAUAUUACUCGUGGAGAGACCAUUGGAAGCAAAAUGAAGGAGAAAGUUAAGGAUGAGGCAGAUGAGCUGAAGGACCUGUCUGAGGCUGUCAACAAGCUAAAUAUUGCUCCUGAAUCAACUAGUGAUGUGGAAGAGGAUGAUAGUGAAAUACUUGCAAACAGGGGUGGCAAGGAUGGUGAUAAAGACGAUGAUUCAGAGUUUGUUGAACGUGGUCCGAUGCAUGGCCAGCCAGUGAUUACCACAAGAAAAUCAUACCCAAAUGUCCCAGUUAUGCAGCCAAAUGGGACAUAUUUCCCAUCAAAUUAUAGUCAACAAGAACCGCCGUAUAAUACAAAUGGUAGACGUCCAUAUGACGAUGACUGCGAUGAUUUUGGUUCCUCGCAGCCAUCAAAAUUUGUCAGGCCUGGCUUAUUUCCGUUACCUACAACUUUUCAGCCUGGGAUGUUUGACAGUAAUGCAACCUUAAACAACUUGAACCAGCAGGCAAAUUUCCCUGCUUUCACCAACGCUGGAAUGCCACAACAGUUCUAUACACAAGAUUUUGCACCAACAAGCACAAUCAAGAUGAACAACAGGAUGAAUGGGGGAGAGGUGACUGUUCAGACACAGUUACCAGAUAUAACAGAAGCUGAUAAACUCUUGGACGCUAUUGUUCCUGGGAAUGCUUUUGACCUCCCCACCACAAAUAUGACUUCAAUGGGCAACGGAAUGGCGAACUUGUUUCAAAUGACCAGUCAGACCGACUUCAAUGCUCAAACUUAUAAGGACUACCGCAGGCCUUCAGAGACAAUGUCUGACAGCGGUGUAGAUUCCCAGUCAGAGGGCUUAGGGAGCCCCUACUCUGACAGGGCCGUGAGCCCAGGCAGCCAGACCUAUAUGUCACCACCUUCUGUUGACAGUGCCUGUGGGCUCAGUCCCCAGCAUGAAACUCAGCUGGUUAUGGGCAUGUCACCACCCAAGUACCAUGGGGCACCUUCUCCAAAUUAUCGAGCCACACCCUCUCCAUCCUCUGGCUAUGGAAGCCCCCUGAUGCAGAUGACGGAGGAAAGUCAAAACAGUUUUAGCAUUGAUGCUGAAGAAUUGAAAGAUGUAGAGGAAGCCUUCAAACAUGUUAUUGAAGAUGGAGAGAGGGAAAGGGAACGCAAGAAGCAGAUUGCUUUAAACAGACAGCAGCAGCAGCUACCUAAUUUUAUGCCCCACAUGAUGCCUCAGCUCCAACUAGGGCCCCCUGCUCCACAACUUCAGCCAGCAGUAGCUCCUGUUCUGCAAAAUAUGGGUCAACCUGGUCAACAGAUCGUCAUGCCAAAUGUUACAGCAGCUAAUCAGCCUAUAAUUAUACUGCCUGCAGGCAUGAGGAUUGUGAAUCCACCCCCUUCUAAAAAGAGGGAACCAAGAAAGAUUCUGCCGAAGAUAUCUGGACAGCAAACAUCUGGCUCUAGCACACCAAACCAAGCAAUCUCAACCAUGGCUGGCCCACAACCCAAGGGUCGUGUAACUGCUGCAGGAAGACAGUCUAGUGCCAACAGAGGCCCUGGUGGCAAUAGGAAUGAGAAUGUUGACAAAGAAAAACAGAACAAGCUGUUGAUGAUUGCGAGACGUACAGUCGCAGACAUGGAGCGAAUGAAACUGGAGAAAUGUGACGAAGAGGGUGACACCUAUCUGCACAUUGCCGUCCUGAAAACAGACUGCCACAUGUUACAGGCUUUACUGGAGCGAUUGAAGCGUGAACAUUUGGAGUACCUAGUCGACAUACAGAACAAGAAGCGCCAGACCCCACUAUAUCUGGCCGUGUGUAUCAACCAGCCAUACAUGGUUGCUAUGCUCAUCAAAUAUGGCGCCAACGCAAACUUUCUUGCAGAGAACCUUUCAACGGACGGUCUCACGAGGGAGGUAAAGGCCGCGAUACACGUUGCUGCCUCGUGUGGCAAGGAACAUCAUCGAACACUAGUUGAGCUUCUCAAAGCCCCCGAUAUCACCAUCAACAACUGCAACAAUUAUGGUCAGACUGCCCUUCACUGUGCGAUACUGGCCCACGGACGCAUGAAGAAACGCGCAGACAGCACUGAGCGGACAGACAGUCGCCAGAUCAUCGUUACCCUCAUCAACGCGGGCGCAGAUCCUUCAGCACAGGACAAGAAAAGUGGGCGGACUCCUCUCAUGUAUGCUAUCGAGCAGAAAAACGUAGACCUUGUGGACACCAUUUUGAAGUGUGUCCCGAAAGACAAAGUUAAGAAUGUGGUUAAAACCCAAGCCUUUGACGGCAGCUCAUGUAUUAAGAUUGCUGAGGGUUUGAAGGCAAGUUUUGAGGUGGAGAUUUGGAACAGACUUUGGAACACUCUACAGAGUGCAGCCAGUGGACCUCGAUAAGUGACACAAGAAUUUCUGUGGAAAAAUGCCAUGGAAUGUCUCAGAUACAGUUUGAACUCAUGAGCUGGUUUCAUUUUUUAUGUGGUACGUGUACAUAGAUAUGUGCGUGCAGGGAGAAUUGUGUUAAUUAUUGAAGAGAACAAUUUAAAUACAACUGUAUAUCAAUGUUGUUGUAAAAUAACUGUAAAUCAAAUAUUGUCAGUUGCAACUGUAAAAAGCCCACCUACUGGAUUGUAAAUGGAUUAGUGUUUUUUUUAAUAGAUGAUGAUGAUAUAAUGUGGUAUGAUGAAUUUCAUGCGGUUAACUCAUUGAUGUAUGUAUCAUUGUGCUUAAUGUCUGUACUAGAAACGUCCAAUGUAUUUAAAUAGAUUUAUAGACUCGCUAACAGACUUUAUUUCGGCAACCGUUUUUUAUUUUUCUUGUUUUGAAUCAGCAAACACCAAAGAACUACAAGUAGAUGCCCAUUUUAGCAGAAUUGUGUAAAUUCAAGCCUAGAAUAAUUCAACUUUUAAUUGCAUUGCUUACGCUUGUGGCAAUAUGGAGCUUAUUUUUCUGUCACAUUUUAAAUAAUUUUUAGCAAGAUAGCCCUAAUUAGAACUUUCGAUGAUGUUAUAUCAUUGUUACAAGGAUUUCGUUUACAUAUCACAUUUUUUUUUCAUUUUAUUUUUCUAUGUUCCAAUGACAAAAAGUGAAUGAGUCCCUUAAAUACCUAAUAAUGAUAUAAAACUUGUUGGCAAUGUUUAUUAGUCUUAUGAACAUGUCAAUCUAUUGCUUUCAUUGUAAAUAGGCUUUGUCUAUGCUUAUCUUGAUAAUGUAACUGAAUUUUAGAAAAUUAUUUUGAGUGUGUUUUUAUCGGUUCUGGGGAUUUGUUGCGUUUGUAAAAAUACAUUUGUCAUAAAUGUUAUAAGUUACCAGUCUUACAUACCGUACAUAUGUAGUUCUAAUACACCAAGGUCAAGGUCACUUUAGUUGGUUCUUUCAUGUUUGAAAUAAUUAUUAAAUUGUUCAAUGUUAUACCAAAGAUGCUGUAAAUAAGACUUUAAAUGUCAAGGUUCAUCACAUGAUUCAAUCAACUACAGCAAAAUACAUUAAUGUGUCAUAGUUUUUUAAAAUGUUAUAAAUGUGUUUGUUGUGGCACCUACAAUUUGCUCCAAAAUCUCCUUGGUCAGUACUUUACAAAUUUUAACACUCUGGUUAAAUGCUACAUGUAUGUUAUGAACACAGUCUCUGCGCUACCCCGAAUUCUUUACAGAUUUUGCCUGUGCCAACAGGUUUAAAAAAAAAAGAAGAAAAAAGAUUGUAUUUGACAAAUUCCCCAUUUCACCCCUUUAAGCCUCAAUUAAACUACAGUACUUAUUGUUUAAUGGCAUUUCAAAGUGUAUAUCUUAAGACGAUUAAUUAAACUCUUAUAAUCAUAACCUAUUAUUGAGUAUACAUAAAAGGUAAAGUAAGUUUUUGUGUAAAUAUCAUUUGCCUUGUGUAUGAUGUCAAGCAUUUUCAAUAUACAUCUUAUCGUAUUUCCUUCACUUACUACUGGUAUGCAAACAGGAAAAAUGUUAUGUGUUAAAAAGAAACAUGUUAUUUGAUUACAUUAAACUUAUUUGUUUAACAGCAAAAUAGUGCCAUUUGUCAAUAUGGUAUCAAAUCUAACAAAUUUUCUACAUAUCAUUGCCCAUAUGUACAUUGCUCAUUGUUACAACUUCUUUUAUGAGAUUUGAUUUAUAUAUUAACUUUUCGCAAUUUUAACAUACUUUCUUGAAUGUGUGUACAUUUCUUGAAUGUAUGUACAUUUCUAGUUAUUAAACAUGUAGCUGCUAUAUACAUGUACAUUGUGCUUGCUGUAAUUCAUUGUCCAUUGAUCUUUAUGUUUUAUGUAUUGUUUUCAUUGUUUAAAUAUUUCAUUCUACAUUUAUUAUUGAAUCGUAAAUCAUUUACUUUUGUUUGUUAAUCUCCUUUUGGAUGAAUAUUUGAGAAUAAAUUAGAGAAUGUUUAAA